CCCUUCCAUGGAAGGGAGAGCUAACAGAAGCUUUCCCUUUCCCCAUUCCAUGGCUGUGCAUCACAAGCCAACGUUUCCUAGCAACCGGCUCCGCAAAGGAUGGCCAGCUUGUCGGCUGAGGGCGUUGAGACCGUCAUUCAGCUGCAGCGGAAACUGGGGCGCCAAUAUCUGAGGGUGCUGCUGGAAUGGAAGGAGUUUGACGAAAUCCGGGAUUUGCGUCGGAGCAUUCAACUUGACACCAUCUACUACAGUCUGGUGUUUGCUGCUGAGAAAGGCUUGCCCUGGCCGGCUGUGGCAGAAGUUGGGAAAUUGACAAUCGAACUGCUGGAUGAAACCAAAGAUUUGCCCAUUUCAUGGGCCAUCCAGAUUCUACAAAAGAAGCUUACUGCCUUCCAGGUUAGGUUGCCUGCUGUCAAACUACAUGCUGUGUAUGAUUACUUUCAUAACACUUUCAUCAGGCAUUACUGGCUGUACCAGUUCACAUUAGGGCAGGAGAGAGACCGCUGCCAAACAUUUACAAGCCUCGAAGUCUGUGCUCCGCCCACACCUCUGCCACUGAUGGAAGGCAUGGAUGUUGAAGUCUGGAAGUACCAGCAACAGCUAGCCACCUUCUCUGAGAUGGAAGCCCAAAAGAGAACUGAGAUGAUGCUUAUCCGAAAAACCCUGGACCGGGAGAGGGAACGUAUGCUGCAGAAAGUGUAUAGUGAUGUCCGACGACAAGCACAUGUCCUCAGCAAAGAGGCUUUGGUGUGCCUUGUCAAAGAAGCAAUUAAGACCCAGAUCCAGAGUCUGUGCGAGAUCCUCCAGAAUGAGAUCCAGACCACCUUUGACAUCUUACAGUUAAAGCUCCAGAAGAAGACCCUACUGCUCAACCCCCCGGUUCCUUAUCCUCCACCACCUAGCCCCGAAGAUAAAAGGAGAUCCAGCAAAACUUCAAAGAAGCAGGAGAAAACAAAGGAAAAGGAGGAGGGUGAGGAAAAGAAAAAGAAGAAGAAGAAGAAGAAAUAAUUUGCAUUCAGGCUCACACACAUAAAAGCAUAUGUUCCUUCCCAAUUCUUAUGCCUUCUGUCUUGGAGUCUAAGGCAUAAUUAGAUUAUUAGACUCUGACUGAGAUGCACCACUUCAGACAGCAAGUGGUGUCUCACAUG